CUGCCACAAGGCAAUGUUGCGUUUUCGAGGGUUAAUAUUAAAACGCCUCGAUGUAGGCAAAAAAUUCCGAGUAUGAAAUAUUUAUAUUCCUUCCCAAACGAAGGUGUAAAAUGGUGAUUAUUCGUAACAAAAAAUUUAUAGGAUUUUGUGUGGUUUCUGGAUGCAAUGAUAGCAGAAAAAAAAAUUUAAAAAAAAGUGACCUUCAAGAGUUUCUCACUCGUAAAAUCACUAAUCACAUGUACCAUUACAUUUCAGGUGUGCAAAAGACCCAGGAAGCGAUCGAAAAUACGAUCGGCAGCAAUCCCAAGAGCCAACCGCCCCCAGUCAAGAAAGCUCCGAAAGCGGAAAAACCAAAACCCGCCUCAACCGGUGGCAACAACAACGGCCACGGAAACGGAAACGGCAAUGGCAAUGGGAACGGUGGCAAGAAACCGCCGCUCACCCAGGAGGAAAUUGAACGGCGGGCUGCUCGGCGUUUGCUGGGCGAUCUGUACGUGGACAAAGAGUACUUGGAGAAUUUGCUCAAACACCCAGACCUGAAGAAGGCCGACACCAACACCGAGGGAGUCUCCGAAUAUGCCAAGGACGCGAUCAACUUCCUGAACAAUCGGCAGGAGUUUUGGCGCCAACAGAAACCCUGCACCAGUCUGAACUCGGCCAAAAUCGCCGAUGGAGGUGGAAUACCGAAAUGGCGCGGUGCUGUUAGAGCUGUGCAAAGCAGUUUAAAGCUGUAGGAGUUGAUUUUUCUAUACACUUUCGAAGCAGAAGCAGAACACACAUGUGAUGGUACAAUACAAUACAAUGGUACUAUAGUUAAGUUUUUGGCUUGAACGAUACGCCUCCCCCCCCCCCCUUGCGAGUAGAACACGCUCACGAGUUUUGUUUUGAGGAUGUUUUUUGCAAAUGAAAUACACGUCAUUAUCGAAAA